AUGAAAAUAUAUUUUAGCCACAGUAUCAUACGCAAUCCUCAACCAGAAAACGAGGGCACAAUCACAGUAAAUGCAAAGAUCGACGGUUACAAUCCCACGCCCGCAAGCAAGCUCGUGGUCAAGUCUUUAGCCAGGAAGAUAUACAAGAUGACCACUAGUUCUACUGGUGAAAUGUGCAUAAUUUGUUUGGAAGAGUUUAGUGAAGGAAGAAGAGUUGUUACUUUACCUUGUGGACAUGACUUUGACGAUGAGUGUGUCCUAAAGUGGUUUGAGACCAAUCACAGUUGCCCCCUCUGUCGUUUCAAGUUGCCAUAUCAAUGA